CCCUCCCCUCCCCUUCCAUCCCCUUCCCUCUGCGCCCCGCCCCUGCCGUCCUCGGUCCAGCCGCGGUGCCGCCGGCCACCAACAGGGCCCCCGUUGCCAGCCAGCAGCAUGGCACCCCCGGGGCUGCCGUAGCCGCCACCAGCCUUUUGUGGGGUGUACCCGGGAUCUCCCGGGGUGUGGGGAGGACACCCUACCGCUUCCGUCAUGGAUAUGAACAAGAUGGAGAGCUGCUGCUGGCCUUAGGUCCCGUGUGACUCCAGUGGAAUAAAGGGAACAGAGUGUUCUCAAAGGAUGUUCUCGAACCUAGACCCCUCUCCAGAGACUGUCAGCGUCAAUAAGGCCAUUAAUACGCAGGAAGUGGCCGUGAAGGAAAAACAUGCCAGGACGUGCAUCCUGGGCACCCACCACGAGAAAGGGGCACAGACCUUUUGGUCCGUGGUCAACCGACUGCCUCUCUCCAGCAACGCCAUGCUGUGCUGGAAGUUCUGCCACGUAUUCCACAAACUCCUCCGAGACGGACAUCCAAACGUGCUAAAAGACUCUCUGAGAUACAAAAAUGAAUUAAGCGACAUGAGCAGGAUGUGGGGCCACCUGAGCGAGGGCUACGGACAGCUGUGCAGCAUCUACCUCAAACUGCUGAGAACAAGGAUGGAAUACCACACCAAAAAUCCCAGGUUCCCGGGCAACCUUCAGAUGAGUGACAGGCAGCUGGAUGAGGCUGGCGAAAGUGACGUUAACAACUUUUUUCAGCUCACCGUGGAAAUGUUUGAUUAUCUGGAGUGUGAACUGAACCUCUUCCAAACUGUGUUCAACUCCUUGGACAUGUCCCGUUCUGUGUCUGUGACCACAGCUGGGCAGUGCCGCCUCGCACCACUCAUCCAGGUCAUCUUGGACUGCAGUCACCUCUAUGACUACACUGUCAAGUUGCUCUUCAAGCUCCACUCCUGUCUUCCAGCUGACACCCUGCAGGGCCACCGAGACCGUUUCAUGGAGCAGUUCACAAAGUUGAAAGAUCUCUUCCAGCGCUCCAGCAACCUCCAGUACUUCAAGCGGCUCAUUCAGAUCCCCCAGUUGCCUGAGAAUCCACCCAACUUCCUGCGCGCCUCAGCGCUGUCAGAGCACAUCAGUCCUGUGGUAGUGAUCCCAGCUGAGGUGUCGUCUCCAGACAGUGAGCCUGUCCUGGAGAAAGAUGACCUCAUGGACAUGGAUGCCUCCCAGCAGAAUUUGUUUGACAACAAGUUUGACGACAUCUUCGGCAGCUCAUCGAGCAGCGACCCCUUCAAUUUCAACAAUCAAAAUGGCGUGAACAAGGACGAGAAGGACCACCUGAUUGAACGCCUGUACAGAGAGAUCAGUGGACUGACAGGACAGCUGGACAGUGUGAAGACUGAGAGCCAGCGGGCCAUGCUACAGCUGAAGGGCCGAGUGAGUGAGCUGGAGGCAGAGCUGGCGGAGCAGCGGCACUUGGGGCAGCGAGCUACAGAUGACUGUGAGUUCCUGCGCACGGAGCUGGAGGAGCUGAAGAGGCAGCGAGAGGACACAGAGAAGGCGCAGCGCAGCCUGACAGAGAUAGAAAGAAAGGCCCAGGCCAAUGAACAGCGGUAUAGCAAGCUCAAAGAGAAGUACAGUGAACUGGUUCAGAACCAUGCUGACCUGCUUCGGAAGAAUGCAGAGGUGACCAAACAGGUGUCCUUGGCCAGGCAAGCCCAGGCGGAUUUGGAAAGGGAGAAGAAAGAACUAGCCGAUUCCUUUGCACAUGUAAAUGACCAGGCCCAGCGGAAGACUCAAGAGCAGCAGGAUGUACUCGAGAACCUGAAGCAUGAGCUGGCCACCAGCAGACAAGAGCUGCAGGUCCUGCACAGCAGCCUGGAAAGCUCUGCCCGGUCAGAAGCCAAAUGGCUGGCCCAGAUCUCCGAACUGGAGAAGGAACAGGGGGGCCUGCUGACUGCCGCAGCUCAGAAAGAGGAAGAGCUAUCAGCCCUCCGAGACCAGCUGGACAGCACCCAGCUCAAGCUGGCCAGUGCCCAGGAAGCCACGCACCAGCAGGUAAAGGCCCAGAGGGAGACCCUCUUGACAGCAACCAGGAAGGCUGCCGAGCGCGAGAUACAGGAGGCGCUGGGCCAGCUGGAAGAGCCUGCCAUCAUCAGCUGCGCAGGGUCCACAGAUCACCUUCUCUCCAAAGUCAAGUCUGUUUUCAGCUGCCUUGAACAACUGGAAAAGAACCGCAGCCGGUAUCUGGCGUGCCCCGAAGAUAUCGGUGACCUUCUGCACUCAGUAACCCUGCUUGCCCACUUGACCAGCGACACCAUCAUUCAGGGGAGUACUACCAGCCUCCGGGCCCCACCAGAGCCAGCCGACUCUCUGACAGAGGCCUGCAGGCAGUGUGGCAGGGAAGCCCUGGCCUAUCUGUCCUCCCUCGAGGAAGGAGGAGCCAUGGAGAGAGCUGACAGCACAGGCCUGAGGAACUGCCUGGACAGGAUCAGGGCCAUUGGCGAGGAACUGCUGCCCAGAGGCCUAGACAUCAAGCAAGAAGAGCUUGGUGACCUGGUGGACAAGGAGAUGGCUGCCACUUCAGCUGCCAUUGAAGCUGCCACCACCCGGAUAGAAGAAAUACUCAGUAAAUCCCGAGCAGGAGACACGGGGGUCAAGUUGGAGGUGAACGAAAGGAUCCUUGGUUCCUGUACCAGCCUGAUGCAAGCCAUCAAGGUCCUCGUUGUGGCCUCCAAGGACCUCCAGAAGGAGAUUGUGGAGAGCGGCAGGGGCACUGCAUCCCCUAAAGAAUUUUAUGCGAAGAACUCCCGGUGGACAGAAGGGCUUAUAUCUGCCUCCAAAGCUGUUGGUUGGGGAGCAACCAUCAUGGUGGAUGCUGCUGAUCUUGUGGUCCAAGGCAAAGGGAAGUUUGAGGAACUGAUGGUAUGCUCACAUGAGAUUGCUGCCAGCACAGCACAGCUUGUGGCUGGAUCCAAGGUGAAAGCUAACAAGGGCAGCCUCAAUCUGACCCAGCUGCAGCAGGCCUCUCGGGGAGUGAACCAGGCCACAGCUGCUGUGGUGGCCUCUACCAUUUCCGGCAAAUCUCAGAUUGAGGAGACAGAUAGUAUGGACUUCUCAAGCAUGACACUGACCCAGAUCAAGCGCCAGGAGAUGGAUUCCCAGGUUAGGGUGCUAGAGCUGGAAAACGACCUUCAGAAGGAGCGUCAGAAGCUGGGAGAGCUCCGGAAGAAACACUACGAGCUGGCCGGCGUCGCCGAGGGCUGGGAAGAAGGGACAGAAGCAUCACCUUCUACUGUUCAAGAAGCAAUACCCGAAAAAGAAUAGAGCCAAGCCAACGUCCAAUACAUCAGAGUGUAAAUCCUUGUUCCCCUUCUGUUUGUGCUGAUCCCACCAUGGCACUCCAGGUCCCUUGCAGACCUCUCCAUUGACAAAAGCUGAAGGCCGUCAUGUUUCCUCGCGCAUGAUGAGUUCUUCCCGUGUCCCUGGCAUAAGGCAGACCAGGGUCGGCCUGAGCAAGCUCAGAUCCACAGAAAAACAGCGACAUGGCCAUCCUGCCUUGCCUAAUAUCCGCUUCUCAUCAGUCGUGUCCCUCUUAAGAGAGGGCUCUUGUCCUUGUCCUGUCACGGGGAGCUUAGAGAGGAGACAUCUUACACCUGUUCUUUUUUUUUUUUUUCCCCCUCCUCAGUCUUUUGCAUUUUGUCAUUUGCACAAACUUGUGAGCAUCUGGACUCCGUUGGAUUCCAAACCAGACCGCUGCCUGAAUCCAUGGCCAGAAGGACAGCCGGCCUGGCCAGUAACACCAAAGCAACGGUUCUUCCCGCCACACCACACUUUUGGCAGUUGGAUGGUUUCCCUCCUGCUUAUCAUUAGGUGGCCAAUCAGCUCUUUUGGUUUCCUGUUUCGAAAGUUUCACACAGCCAACCUUCCCAAGAAGGGUUCCAACCCUCAGCCCCACCCUGAGCUCUGAGCCUUCUGAGAGGAAAGCCCCCACACACACCAUGGUGCGGCUCAGGCUAUGCCGUGGUGCUCCAGCUCAGCCCUGUGUCAGCCAAGGCCACGCCACAGGGUGACGACUCUCCUUGGAAGUCUGAAGCAGAGCUAGUGCCUUUACUUUCUGACCCUGAUGCCAGCCCAAGGCCUCUUUCCAAGCCAGGGAGCACCAGAGUUUAAAAUAAAAGACGAAGAAAAAGAAAAACUACAGGGGUGCAGCUGUUCAGGAGGCAAAUUUCUUAGGAGCUCCUGCGAGCAGGUUCCCCUCCUGUCACACGCCGGAAUGGAGCUGGUGUGAACAGCGACACUACAUCCCCCGAGCGAAGCUCCUGUGCCAUGUCACUGCGGUCGCCUCUCGUCAAACCUAGGCAAGGCCCUCAGAGGGACAAAUAUAAAGGACCAGAAGUGGGGCCUUCCCCUGCUGGCCUGCUUCUGCAUCCUGUUGAACCAGAAAGAGAUGGUUCUGUGUGCUACUUAUCUGACAGACCCACUUGCUUCCAUCAGGAAAAGGCCUCUGCUCAGUGUAGGACUCUUUGUAUGUAUUUAUUACUAACAAUCUUCACGCAGUGUCUGCCCCAGAGAUGCUUGGGGCAAUCAGGACCGAGGCUGACUGACCAGGCUUGCCCUCUGCCAUCAUUCUUCACAAAUCAUGCACAAGGUUAAAGGGCCAAACCCUGGUCAUUUCCAGGCUCGGAUUCCCAAAGGAGGCAAGUUCCUCAAAGCACUGAGGAGCAGGGAAAAGGAGAAAGGGACCACUGGCUAUGACACUGUACCCACCACCACCCACCCAUUCUUGCUCCUGUGCAGACAGGGUGGGCACACACGGGCAUCCCACCUAGACACAAGAAACCAGAUGGCACUUUGCAACUCCCAAAUGGACCCCCUGAAUUAAGUGACCUUCUGAUCUGUAGGGUGGGGCAGACAGAUGGCUUCUUCCUUCUUUAUCUGCAGUGAAUGCAUAGGCGGCAGCCAGCUGCAGUUCCUUGAGCCUGUCCCCACUGGGGCAUGGUUCAGCGUUGCUGGGUACUGGGUUGUAAGACUAACGUUUGAUCACUGUGAAUUAACCCCCCUUUUCCUGCUACACCCACCUCCACUCUGUCCCCAGGUGUUUUCUCAGUGGGCAUUCUAAAAACUCCCAGAAACCCAGAUGACUGCUGAGACAUGUGACCUUCACAUUGGGCAAAAGGAGUUAGUUAUUGGCAGCAGAAGCUGCCCAUUCUGAUACCAGAAGACUGUCUCUCUGCUUAGAGUUUCUUGAGUCCAAGGACCAGAACAAACAAUGUGUGGCAUUGUUGGCCCAUUUGUGCCAAUCAAGCCAACCCACAUGAUCACUGUAGGUCAGCUGUUCCAAAUAACUAGGUAGCCCUUGCUUAUAGGGUCAGUAGAUCAGGACUCUGAAUGAAUAACACACCUGUCUGGAAAGCCAUCAUCAUUUUAAAAACCUUAGUGAACUCUGCCCAAGUAGCCAAGUCAAGAGCCCCAGCAUGAGGUCAGUCAACAGCACAGGAGGGUCCCUCCCUACCUGCUUGAUGUCCCAUCAGUACUUUGUAGUAACUCAAGUCAGAAACUGUCUUUUUCUAGCCAGGCUUGCUAGUGCAUGCCUGCCAUCUUGGCACUCGGGAGACUGAAGCAGGACAAUCUUGUAUAUAAGUGGUCUUUGGAGACAGGGUCUUACUGCAUAGCCCUGGAUGGCCUCUUCAAACUAGCUUUGUACACCUCAUUGUCCUUGAACUCAAAGAGAUUUCCUCUGCCUCCCAAAUGCUGGGAUUAAAGGUGUGAGCCAUUGCACCCAACUUAGGCCAUAAUUAUUGGCUCUGCUGUUACCUAAACAUGAGUCUUUAACUCAGUGGUUGGACAAACCAAACUCUGAAAAUCCCUAUAGCUCAAAAGGAGACACACAGCCUUUUAUAGCCUGAGGCUCCUUAGACUAAAGUGUGCUGCAAGGGUGUAGCCAGACCCUCAAGACAGGGAACUGAGGGGCCAGAGAGAGGUUGGCAUUUAAGAGCACCUCCUUCUCUUCCAGAGGACCCAAGUUUUGUUCCCAGUGCCCACAUCAUGUGGCCUGCAACCGCCUCUAACUCCAGCUCCAAGGGAUCCGAUGCCCUCCACUGGUGGCAUGCAGUCAUGUGGACACACACACAUCCUUUUAAGUAAAAAUAAUUCUUAAAAAGUACUUUUUAAAGACAGAAGAUUGACAAAAUAAUGGCUGAGGGUGGGGUGAGGAGGAAGCUCACGUCCAGCCAUGUCUCAUAUUUAACGGUAUUGCAGUUUUCUGGUCAUCGAGAUUAAGCACAUGUAUGCAUAGAUCUCCCUUCGAGGGGUCAGGUCAUAGCUGAGCAAGGAGUUUAUUAACUACCAGGCUUGUCAGUGCACACCUGUACUCCCAGCAUUUGGGAAUUGGAGGCAGAAGGGUUGUGAGUUCAAGUCUAGCCUGGAUUAUAUUCUGAGACCUUAUCUCAAAAAGAAAAAGACUAAUGUAAAUGGCUUGUUGACUGUACUCACCACAUCACUAUUUCUAGAGUCCUGUGUGUUUAAACCCUUAGCCCAGUAGCUCAGAGGACCAGACACCUCCAGGGCACCCUUUCUCAGAACUGGUGUGGAUGCCGAGUCAGGCACCAGGGGUUGUGCCAGGUAACCUGAGGCACAAGUAUUUGUCAUUGUGGUCACAUUACUGUGAUGUGACCUCUCAUCUUAGGAGGAGUUGGUCCUCAUCUUCUGUCUAGGGGAGUUUUUACUUAGUCAUCAGCUUGGUUGUGGAAGGGUCUCUGGCACUGUUUGACCCUAAUUUUUAAUAGAUGGCAAAUGUGCUACCCUGUAUUAUUGCCUUUCUGUAUCUCUGGGAACCUUGCUGGAAAAGCAAGUCUUUGGGCACAACACUAACUGCCAAUUAGAAUGGCUUUGCCCUCCCGGCCAUCUUGGAAACUUCUUAUUGGCCUUCAAACCAGAGUGGGCAUUGCCUUCUCUCCACCAUCUUUGAGCAUCCUCUAUGUUGGCAUCCAACAAGAAUGAGCUUUGCCUGCUCUUCCUGAUCUUGGAGUCUCCAUACCUUCCAAGCAGAACAGCUUUGCCCUCUCUGCCAUCUUGGAUCCUCCAUAUUAGCCUUCCAACCAGAGUGGUGGUUCUCAGAGACCGUGCUGUCUGUAACAUUGGAAACCACUACCGCACUUGCCAACCCUCAACAGUGAUCCAGAACAGCUAUGUGCCACCCUGGCUCCCACGUCCAGGCCAAAUGCAGGACCAGCAAACAUAGUGGUAGAGUGCCUCUCCCAGGAGCCAAAGCCACAAAUGUUUGAUUAGACAUGACUGGAUCCAGGUGUGAGCAUAGAACCUUCUAGACAUGUGUUUCAGGUGACCCUCAACUACCUCAGGUUUGAAGACCCUAACUGAUUACCAUUCUAGGGACAAACCGAGGAAUCCGGCUGGAUCUUGGUGAUAACCUAAAUAUCUUAAGCUUAUAACAGACUCUCAGACAUGCAGGGGUGGGGUUGGUUUUCGAUUGUUUAUACCCUCCCCCUUAGUUUUUAACCUUUUCCACCAUUUUCCAUUAGAAUAGUUCCUCUAAGUAAAUUCACUUUUCACAGUGUGCCUACCUUCCCAGGGCAGGUAGCUACCGGCUCUUGUUUCCUCCCAACAACUUUUAUUAUGGAAUGAAGACCUUUCUUUGUAUAAUGCAUUGCAUCUGUGUUUUUAAUUUUUCCAAUAAAUAUGUCAGCCUGGCUGUGGAGAA